AAUUGUAAAAAUUCAUUCUUUUGUUAGAAGUGUGUGGAGUAUCGCAGUUUUUAUCAGCGUCAUUUGCGCCGCAUUCUUUGUCUUCACAGCGUAUAAGUGGUAUGCUAGAAACCCUAUUGUUACCGUAAUAGAAAGUACUCAAGGUGCUAUCUGGGAUGUUCCGUUUCCUGCAGUAACAGUAUGUGAUUUAAACAUGAUAUCAAGACAAGCUGCCCUUGCCUUUUCUACUAACAUAACUCUUCCGGAAAAUAUGACCUCAGAUUUUAUAUUCAAGACCCUGAAGUUCGCUCCUUUAAUACAUUCCACAACUUACGCCAAUUCAUCACAGGUGAGGGACCUCCACAAGCUGCAAGACGUUUUGGACCUUAACGAUAUCUCUGUAGAAAAUCUAUUUCGAAUGCUUUCUCCGAUGGCGUCCUGUAGCAACUUAAUCGAGCGAUGCAUGUGGAAGAACACGCUGUACCGCUGCGAACAGAUCUUCCAGCACAUAUUUACUGGUGUAAACCUCUGCUGCACCUUCAAUUAUUAUGCUGUUGAUGAUCCUGAUAAUGAGAUUAGAUCGUUUCGUUUUCCAACGCCGAGGCGAGUUGCCUCCUGCGGCUAUCAGACUGCCCUAACCAUAAUUCUGAAAACUGAUCCGUCUGAUUAUUAUAGUACUAGCUUUGCUUCACUCGGCUCAUUGGUGUUCAUAGACAAUCCAUACAACGUCCCGGACCUGGAUUCGCCCGUUCGUAUGGCGAAUCCGGCCACCGAAGUGAUGAUUGCCGUGUCCCCGGAACGGACUUACACAACGCCCGGCAUUAAGUCAUUUCAAGCUGAAGAGAGAAAUUGUUACUACAAUGAUGAAGUACACCUAGCGAACUUCCAUCAUUAUUCGUUUCACAAUUGUAUGGCGCUGCGUAAGGUACAAAUAUUGAUGAAUACAUGUAAUUGUGUUCCCUUCUUCUUCCCGCAAAAAGAUUACGGAAGAAUUUGUAAUUUUCAUGACAUCGAGUGCCUGGAAAAAAUAAUAAGUCCAAGUUGGCUUAACGAAGAAACUGAUAAUGAUAGUUUAAAGGAUAACCGCUUCAAUAAUUUGGUUAAAUGUAUGCCAGAGUGUGAACACUACGAUUAUCCAUUGGAAGUGGCUUUGGGAAAGCUAUCUAAAAAGAUUCCGUUGAGCGCGACGUCAUUGUUCGACAACAUUUUUCUAGAGAAUCGUUCGGUUGUAAAUGUCUUCUUCAACGAUUUGGUUGCUACGCGCUACCGUCGAGAUGUUUACUUGAACUGGCAGAACAUACUAGCGGCUUUCGGAGGUCUCCUUAGCCUCAUGCUGGGCUUUACACUCAUUUCAGGAUUUGAUUUUAUAUUAUUUUUCUCAUUCAAAGUAAUAUACGAUUCCAUAUCAAGAUUCUUUAUCGACGAAGAGAUUUAUGAUUCACCAUUAAAUGGACCUAAAGGUUUUAUUUUAAAUAUUAAUGAACACAAGAAAGACAACUGGGUGAAGAAGGCGAAGAAAACUAAGUUACACAAAGAAAUGGAAAAGAAAAAUAAACUCGAACUAUACAUAAAUCGAUACUAG